AUGCUGGGGGCAUCCCUAGGACUUCCCAUCCCAGUGGACACCCCCGCCUUCUGCUUCCAACCUCGCCAGAGCGGCGUGGACUGGCAUCGCUUCAGUGCCAUCAACAUGGAGCGGGUUGCCCAGGAGGUGGAUGUGGCCAUGCUCCAAGAGCACAUCGCUGCUGUCACCUUCUGCAACCUGGCCGGGGAGCGGUGCCCCCACUGCAGGCAGCCGGCAGACCCCAUCCUGCUGACGGUGCUGAGGAUGGCCCAGCUGAGCACUGAGUACCUGCUGCACUGCCAGGAGCGCCUGGGAACCAGCCUGGCCCAGCUCGCCCAAAACCUCCAAGGUGCCCGUGCUGAGCUGGCUUGCACCCAGCAGCUGGCAGUGGAGCAGGCAGCGCAGCUUCAGAGGGCCAAGGAGGAAAGCAGGAGGUGGAAGAAGCUCCUUGCCACGCAGCAGCUCCUCCUCCAAGCUGGUCCCAAUGCUUACUGCAAGUGCCACCUCUGUGACAAAGCCUUCAUGGACGUCUCUUUCCUGAAAACCCAUGUACAAUGCCAGCACUCAGAGGCCACUGAGGGGGGGCGUCAGAAGACAAAGGCACUGGAGCAAAUGGAGGAUGAGGUGAAGGAACUGAAGGCAAAACUGCAGGAGGUGCAGCAGCAGCUGGAAGCAGGGAGGGAAGCAGGGAAGCUAUGCAGGGAGCAGGAAACAGAGAGAGCUCGCCAGCAAGAAAAGGAAGGCAGGAAAGAUUUGGAAAGGUGGAAGGAGGAGGAGACGAUGAAGCUGUGUGAAGAGAUAGAUGGGCUGAGACAGCUCUUCCUUGUGUCAUUCAAGGACAUGGCCAGCAGGAACAGUGCCAUGGAGGGGUUGAAGAAAGUGAACAAGACACACCAUGCUGCCCCAUCGCCAGACCAGCAGCAGGUUAUGGACCAUGCCCAUGAGCAGAAGGGUGUCUUCAGCACCCACCUCAGAGAGCAGCUCAAGGUCACAAAGUCCCAGGACAAAGCGGCAAUGACCCAGGAGGUGACCAAAGUGGUGGUUAAUGAAGAAUCGUCAGAUGGGGAGGAGGCCACCCUGGUUGGAAAGUGGAGACUGCUGGAAGCCCUGCAGAGAAACCCAAACCUCCUGAAGCAGUUUUGCCCCGUCCUGGAGGAAGUGCUGGAGGAAAAGCUGGAGAGCAUGGGGGUGAAGAGGGUUGUGAAGGGAAUCUCCACUCGGAUCUACAAAAGCCUCCAGGUUCUGGCCAAGGUUCAGCGGCAACAGAGGACUGAGAAAUUUCCUGAUCUCCUCUACCUGCAGGAUGAGCUGCUCCGAGCAGUGAUGGGGAAAGUCAGGCUGUGCAAGUAG